AUGCCGGGCACCGAGCACGUGAAGCAAAUCUGGGGGCUCGCUGUUCCACAACAAGCCUUCAAGUAUCCUUUCCUCUUACACAGCAUACUAGCCUUUUCCGCGAACCAUCUCGCUUACAUCAACACUUCCAGGGCCACACACUUUCGUAUGGCCGCCUCGACACAUCAAAGCGCAGCACUGACAGGGCUCAACCAGGCCGUUGCCAACAUUGGGCCUCUGAACUGCCAUGCUAUCUUCGCUGCAGCAUCAAUGACCGUUAUCAACGCAUUUGCUGACGCGCAUGCGUACAACUUGGACGUUCUGGUGGAGAUUCUGCAGCUAGCACGCGGCAUGGAUUAUGUACUUACCAGUGUGACCGACAUGCUGAGAAAAGGUCCCUUCGCAGCCAUUGUCCGGCCUGCUGAAGAAAUGCCUAAGCCACCGUCCUUGUUAUCUGCCCUUCUCGUGGACAUCCAAGCGCUGAGCUGUCCCACUUCUGCAAAUCCAUCGCCGGACGACAUCAAUGCGGCUAGGGCGGCUGAAGUACUCCGAAAUGGUCUUCAGUAUUCGUUGGAGACUUCUACUCAUCCAGCCUUGCGAGCGACGAUGAUCUGGCCGAUCGCCGUCGCGCCGGAGUUCAUCGAAGCGCUCAAAUCGAGGACACAUCCUGGAACUAGGGCCAUCUUCAAGCACUAUUGUCAACUCAUGGAGUAUGCAAGUACUGACUUCUGGUUCUACACAGGAUGGAGGGGCAUCUCGCAACACUUGUGA